AUGAUUUCUACCCGCAUUAAAGUUUCGAAGAAAAGUGACUCGCAUAACGGUGUGAAAGAGUCUGAGAUGUCUUUCUCUCGCAGUUCAAAGGAAGAUUUGCGGGACGACGUAGCUCUAGACGAAGUAAACAGGCACAUUACUGAUGCGUUCAGUAUUUUGAGGCGCGAGAUAAGCAAAGUUCGCAAAGAAAAGGAAGCCUUUGAGGAGGUCGCAAAGAAGCUGGAACACGUUCAUUUCUCGACGAUGCUGAAGCUCAAUGUGGGUGGCCAACUCUUUUCGACCAGUUUGGAAACCAUGAAUAAAGAUCCAGGUACUUAGGAAUUAGCCAACGCAUUUGUUAUGUAAUCAGAGGCCUGAUCUAAGAUCUUGUUAUCAAAAUAUAAUUAUCAACUGCAUGCCUCUAUGACAUCGGUUCGGCCUUAAUCAAAGGAAUAUUUCGUUCUCUGUUAUAAGAUAUACUUUAUGGUCAUUUUUGAUUUCAAAUAGUCUUAGAAACAAGUAUGAUGUGUUAUUUCACUCUCUGUCAUUUCUUUAAUUGAAGGUAAUCUAAGAUUAACAACUCAGAGCGAUCAUAAUUCGUGGUCGAAUGAGAUUUUUCUGUUAUCGAAUAAAUAAAACACCCCUGAAAUAUUCUAAAACUUGAAGCUUUGUUCAAAUUUACGAUGAAAGAGGCAUUAAGAGAAGGUUUUUUUAUCGUGUUUUUCUAGGUUCUAUGUUAUACGCCAUGUUUUCAGGAAGAUUUGACACAAAACCCGGCGAGGAUGGAACCUACUUCAUUGAUCGAGAUGGAACCCACUUCCGGUAUAUCCUGAAUUAUCUGCGCACCGGAAAACUUGUGUUACCAGACGAUGCAGUCGUUCGCAAGGAGUUACUGAGCGAGGCAGAAUUCUAUCAAAUCGAAGGGAUACUCAGCGAGCUGAAAGCACAACCUUUUCAGGAUUCUGUGAUCCUUUCCUUGGAGCAACGCCAAAUCUUGAUUGACUGGUUGAGGGAAACGCUUGAGAGCGCAAGUGACGACUACGUUUUGUUAUACCGCGCCACCCAGAAUGGCUGGAAUGCUUCCAAUUUUCACUACUGUUGCGACCGAAAGGGGCCAACAGUAACAGUGAUAAAGAGUGGAAAUUACAUCUUUGGAGGAUACACUGAGGAACAGUGGUACCAACCCGGUAAGUUUUAACACUUCUUGCCAACCCUGUUAACUACAGGUUUACAGCGACUUAUUUCCUGUUCCAUGAGGCCUGAGCUGUGUGCUUUGGAAUACCUCCAGGCGCGUGAAGGAAAUCGGGAACGAGAAGACCCAUAAUCCCUUGCUUUUCCAAAUUGUAACCAGUCUCCCCCUGCUUUUAACCUCGUUCUCCUUAAUUUGCUCUUCUUAAACAGAGGACGUUGCUUCAAACAGUAUUCAGUUUAUGAAGUAGACAAAACAUCUUUCCAUGUAUGGGAGUAUGCAUUUAAGUAUGGUCCACACAGUAAACUGAGGAACUGAGUACAGUGAAGGAGGACAAAAGUUUUUCAAACGCUUUUCCCAGUGAAGUUGUACAAUGUAACCUCUCAAGAACGUUGCACAAAAUUGUGGUUAAAAUCAAGAUCCACGCAGCAAUUCAAGAAAAUCUCACUAAAAGAUGUUUUUUUUUGAAGAUGUUAGUCAUUUUUAAGAGCGGGAAAGCAGAAAUAAAUCAGAGUUUCAUGUGCAGGCUCGAACUAUAGAUCCGUCAGUUUUGUUGCAGCUUAAUUAGGCUAGAACACUAGUUAGUGAUAAAGGCCAUAAGACAGUUUAUUAUAAAGUCUGGAUAUAACGCGCGCUACCAUUGGUUGAAAGAGCGAGUUUUAUUAGAGUACAAAGCAUAGAGCCCUACUUCUUUCGUGCUCUAGCCGCUUCCUGCGUGCUUUACAACAGAAAAGAGGACAGUCAAGGCUUCUCUGUUUGAUAAUUUUACAUUUUUUAAAUAAUCAGCGUCGGGGUUUUAGGAAACACUGCUUGGUUCACUUACCUUUUGUUGUUUUUGUUCAGCAAGCGGAGCCAGUUACAAAAAAGCUCCUAAAUCUUUCCUGUUCAGCCUUGUCAACCCAAAUGGUUUACCACCUUCAAAGCUACCACUGAUAACUGGAAAAGAGGGGAAUGCAAUCCACUGUAACAAUGGAAAUGGGCCCACGUUUGGAAGUGGCCACGACCUUCGUAUUGUCAACGCGCCAAAUUCCAACAACUGCUCUGUCAGCCUGAACAGCUCGUACCAGUGUCCUACUGGGCAGAAUGCUGCCACCUUUCUGCAGGGGAACCAGAAUUUUACUAUCAGUGAGAUGGAAGUUUUUGGAUUUCAGAAGUAAGAGGUGUUUUUGAGCUUUGUAGCUGCACUGAUCGACUCAGAUUUUUUUGAAGCGAUUUUGCCUUGUUCAUAGUCAAUUUCAUAAGGAGAGUACUUGUUCAGUUAAUCGAGAUUCAUGUAGGUUUUGAUUUGUAACACACUGAGACUGAUUCAUGAAUCAUCAAAAUAAACUUUUGUAGAAAAUGUUGUACUUCUUGUAUAAAGUAAACACUUGAUUGAAUUUGCUUAAUCAGGUUUUGAGAAUUAUACAUAAGCGAGUUCUAUUUUUCUCUUCUUUUGUGAACAUUAGGAAAAUACAUUACUUCGUCCCUAAAAAGGGGAUGACUACCCGAUAUUAUAAAGUGUUCAGAGAAAUGCGCGCGCUGUGAUUGGUCUGAACGAGUUCAUCAUAUUUCCAUAAUGCACGCGCCUUACGUCACACGAGUGCACUGUUUAGAUAUAAUGCACGCAGCUUACGUCAUCGGUACGAGUGCGCGCAAUUCACAAUACAUUUUAUAAAAGAAAGAAAUAAACUUGUUCCUCGAGCAGUGCGAGAGGCACUCGCCUUCGGCUCGUGCUUCUCCGCACUUCUCUCGUGUUCUUAAAAAUUCCCAAGUGCAGUAUAUAACUCAAUAUUUUAUUUCUUUACUAAAGACCACUCUUAUUAUGGUUAAGACCAUCAUCUUAAGCACGUGAAGCGAUAGAAUUAUACGGCACUCUUUUGUUUCAAUUCAUAGCGUCGCAAGGCCAAUCAUGUAAUAUUCUUUUUAUUUUGAAGAGAGCAAAAACAGUCCUGGAUAGUUAUCAAGUUUGAUAACCCAGGCCAAAACAAAACAGUAACCAGUCGCUGCUUAGAUUCACGUUCGCGCGACAUUAUUGAGGCAUCAAUAUUAUACUCAAAAUGACGUCCGAAGCCCGAACCACACAGAGUUUACUAAACCGAUUGUUUACGACUGUAACUUGUGAUUGUUGCUUAAUUAAAUUGUACAGAUGGAAAGAUAAAAUUUCGGACCGUUACAAUGGCUUCUUCUCUUUUUUUUUCCUAGUCUCAAUAAUAUUUAUUCGGAUUAUUUUGCUUUCUUGGCGGACGGCAAAGCCUCUAGGUUUUUCAGCGCUCGUCCCGUUACGCACCAACCAUAUAUCGGUGCGAAAGAAAAAAAAGUUCAUUUUCAGUGAUACUGCUACUUCACGAGUGAAUCGUCCAAAUAACAAUCGGCUGCAGCCCAUUUCAACCCAUAGGUGAAAAGAGGAUGAAAUCGUGGCGGAUUUCCAGCGCCAAAUCAUUUAAAUGGGAGGGUUGCUAUGAACAAAAGCCUCUCGAAACAUGUAAGAAGAUGGAAAAUCCGUUCUGCUAGGCACUUAUAUUACGUACCUCCACGGCUGCAUCCGCUCAUUCAUCGUCCAUUUCUGAUUUGACCAGUGAAAGCCUUCUCUCUGCAUCUCCGAGAUAUUCCUCGCUUGAACCGAACACCAAGCCUCAGGCUGCUCUUAUCAGAGGGACAUAACAACGCACGAGCAACUUCCGCUUCCGGCAAAUCUCGCUUUGGUGUGCGUGACUUUCCUAGAAACAUAUCAUUUGUUCUAAAGAUGUCUUCGUCCGAUUUAACUUCGCACAACUCCGAAGAAGACUUAUCUGACUACGAUGAAGCUUUGGAUGAAGUGAACAAACGCAUCAACGAAGCUUUCGAUAUCUUGAAGCGCGAGACGAGAAAAGCACGCAAGGAAAAGCGAUCUCUCGAUAAGGUCGCAAAGAAGCUGGAACACGUUCAUUUCUCGACGAUGGUGCAACUUAACGUCGGUGGUCACCUAUUUUCGACCAGUGUGGCAACACUGAGUAGAGAUCCAGGUAAGGACUUUAUUAAAACUGUCCCGGUAAGAUUUUUUGCACAGCCCCUUACCAUUCUAAAACAAACCGUGGUCCCAAAGGCCAUGAAUUAUUUUCGCUAUUGCUUUCCACAUCCAAGAUCUGUGUGUACAAUGAAGUGUGCGGCCGUGAAGAAAUCUAGUUACCACUAUCUGUAACUGCACACCCACCCCUCUUUGGUUAGGGGAGAGGGAGGGCGGUAGGUGUGUGCAGUUACUCGGAUAAUGACACUGAUGUAGUUAUUGUUGUGCCUUUGAAUCUUUCCAUCCAAGUACUGUAUGCAUAAUGACCUAUGGGUUAAGCAGAAAUCUUGUCUUGCCACUCUGUUGAGUUUAUUUAAUUGUAGACUAGUAAAAGGUCCCUUAAAAAAACAUAUUCUAAGCCAUCCCUUCCCCCAUGAGAAAUGAAUCAUAAUUUAAGAGAAUUAUUAAUUAUAAAUAAGUGAUUAUGUUUUAAUUAUUAAUAACUACAUAAUUUAGGUGAAUUGAAUCCCAAUAAAAUGGGGCAGGAAUUAAGAUUGAAUUUCCUUCUCCAACUUUGGUAUUAUUCAGGAAUGUUAUUGUAUGUAGUGGGAAACAUCAAGUUUUUAAAAUGAUGGACAUUAUUAAAAAGCAGCAAUUUUUAUCUCUGUAUUGUUUUGGUUUGUUUGUAUUCCCAGAUACCCUAUGUGCUAGGUCAUAACACAGUAAACAUCCUGAAAUAUUUAAAGCCUUCUUAAUUUUUUUUCAUUCCUUUUGACCCAAGAGUGACCAGCAUUUAAUUUCUCUCUACAGUAAUAACCUGAAUUAUUUAUUAAGAUCUUGAGAAUAAAGGAAGUGAUUGUCCAUGUAAAAAGCUUUGAUUGUUAUAGUAAUUCUCCUUGAGGGACUGAAGGAAAUAUAUAGAGAAGAGUGUAGAGAAUGAGGAUACUGAGUUAGAAUGAAAAGGGUUAAAUCUUUUCCCCUUUCAACCAUAGGUUCCAUGUUACAUGCCAUGUUUUCUGGAAGAUUUGACACAAAGCCUAGUGAGGAUGGAUCUUACUUCAUUGAUCGAGAUGGAACCCACUUCCGUUACAUCCUGAACUAUCUUCGCAGUGGGCAGCUUGUUUUGCCCGAAGACAAGAUUGUUCGCAAGGAGCUGCUUAACGAAGCAGAAUUUUAUCAAGUUCAGGGAAUUACUGAUGAGCUUAAAGGAAAACCUUUUAAGGACACGUUGAUCUUGUCAUCAGUUCAACGGCAAACCUUGAUCAACUGGUUGAAGGAUACAAUGACAAAUGCUAGCAAUGAUUAUGUCUUGCUGUAUAGGGCUUCACGCAAUGGCUGGAAUGCGUCCAACUUUCAUGCCUGUUGUGAUAACAAGGGACCAACAGUUACAGUGGUCAAGAGUGGAAAUUUUAUAUUUGGAGGAUAUACUGAUCAACAAUGGGAGUCACAUGGUAGGUCUUUACUAACCUUGUAGUAAAGAAGAACGUGUAGAGUAGUGAGGUGACUGUUUUUGCUGUGAAGGUAUCUUUCAUAGGUGCAUAAACACAAAUUUGACAAUAUCAUUGUAAAUUGCUUUUAGCUGAUGUCUCUUGAUAAAAUAUAGAAUUAAUUUUGGUUUAACCCCUUCUCUCACAACAUUUUAUUAGUAAUUCUCCUUACUGUCUGUAUGUAAUUGUUAUGUUGUUAUUUGAAGAGUUUGAUAUUGGAUCAACUAAUAAUCCCCUAAAUGGUAUUUUUCAUUAUUCUCAUCACACUUUAGCUUGAUAUUGUACGGUUUAUGUAGGGAGAAAUUCUUUCUUGAUCACUCGUGGGAGCAAAAGGGUCAAACAAAAUGAGCUAGUCACCUACAAUGGUCUCCUAUUAAGGGUCACAUUUUAAAAGGAAAUCUCCUUCUUCUCUAACCCUCUACACCCUAACAUCAGUAUGCAUAUUCUCUAUAAUGCUCCUUAUAUAUUUCUUUGGGUGCUGAAAAAGAGAACUUGCUUAACAAUCAAGGACUUCUUUUGCUGGUGAUCAUUUUCUUUGUUCUCAUGACCUUAAUGUGUGAUUGAGGGGUGAUAUUGUAAGGAGAAAUUAGAUGCUUGGCACACUUUGGGGUUAAAGGGGAUCUCAUUAACUUGGCUUAUUUAGAUUCCUUGAAUUAACAUUCAGAAGAAAAUUAUGCUAAAAGCUCACUACAUAAUAAUUAUAACCAAAAUAGUGAUGAUAUUAAUAAUAGUGAUAAUUAAUAAUUAUAAUGAUAAUCAUUCUGAUGACUAAGUAAUUCUCAUAAAUGCUAGAAAGGAUGAAUUAAUGUUUCCUCAUAAUUUUGAAUCUGUUUCUUGAAGCUCAUGUAUAGAUGGGGGGGAGGCAGUGGAAAGGGAAGGGUGGAGAGGUGAAGAGCUUGAGACAAAAAAAAACCUUCAUUGGGUGGGGUAAUUUACAUUUUGUGGAAAAACAAACAAAACUUUCAACAAAAAAGUUCUGAAGAAGGGCUAAUGCUCGAAACAUCAGCUUAGAAUAUCUUGAUGGUGGCCAAUUUACAUUAUCAACUCAGUUGUUAAAACUAAAUUACCCUGUUAUACUCUCCCACCAAUGCAGCACUACAGUUUCUUUAGGAACUUACCCCCUUAAAACUUUUGACAGACUCAUAGGACCUCAGUGCCACAAAUUAAGAUAUGAUGUUUGACCUCCUUACUUUUCCAUCACAUUUAAGUCUCCUUUAUCCCUUCCUGAUUCUGUUUUAUUUGCAGGAUCUAUACAAUUACAGUGAGGGCAUCAUUGUGUUGUUUAUGAGCCCACACCUCCAACUCUUGAGAAAUUUCAGCUUAGGUUUAUAUUAAUACCUUUCUUUUAAAAUUUUGGUAUCUAUAUCACGUCAUCCCCUUUCCAAUUUCCAUUGAGUCAUUGUAUUAAUUUUUUAGGGAAGGGUGUUCAUUUGUUAUAGAACUUUGAGGUCUUGUAUCCCCUUUGGCAAGAAAGGUCAAACAAUGUUUGUGUUGACUAUUAUGAUGGACUAGUGGUUUUUAUAAUAACUAACAGUCUUGAGGCAAUUUCUCUUGAUUCCACUCCAUUUGUUUGCCGUCUCUUUAAUGUUAUAAAGAAAUAUUGGACUCUUCAACUCUUCAACGAAACAAGAAGCAACUGAUUUCUUAUAGACACAACUUUUUAUUUUUUAAAAUUUUUUUUUUACAGCUUCAGGAGUAUACAGAGAGGCUUCAGCCUCCUUCCUCUUCAGCCUUGUCAACCAUAGUGGCCUGCCACCGACAAGGAUGGCUUUGAGGGCUGGACGUGAAGGACAAGCCAUCUUUUGUUUCAAUGGCAAUGGCCCAGUAUUUGGAGGUGGAAAUGAUCUUCGGUUUCCUUCUACACCAAAUUCCACCAGCUGCUAUGUAAACCUGAACAACACUUAUGAAUGCCCUGUAGGUCAGAAUGCUAUUACAUUUUUUACAGGAGCUCAGACAUUUACCAUCCAAGAAAUGGAAGUUUUUGGUUUUGAAAAGUAAGAGACUGCCUAGGCUAUUCACUCCAAGUAGUGACCAAAAAGGAAUUUCUCUUUAAAUUAUAGAUACAUUUGUGAGCAUAAAGGUGUAGAGAAGAUGGUAAAAAUAUCAGUUGUGGGCAACUGUUUGAAUGUAUAUCAAAUUUUCCAGGCUAAGAUUAUAGGAAAUGUAUGGUAGACAGUGCAGCUAAUUGAUAUGUAGGGCUUGGAAGGGGUUAAUGAUCAUAUUAAUGAAAAGAUAAUAGAUUUGAGGUGCCAUCAUUUGUUUGUACCAUAUUAUGCAAAUGAAUUGUUCGUGUCAAAGUUGUUAACCCUCCCUGGGAUAAGUAAUAAAAUAUUCAGUGGGUAAUGCUUGGCACAUCUCUUGUUAUUUCUCAGGCUUGGCUGUUCAAAGCUGGGUUAAGAUAACCCAGGGUAAGUGUGGAAUUUGAUUUCAUAUCUAAAAGGUUUAUAAGAAACUCAGUCAAACUUCUUUUGUCUACAAUUUAAUGAUUAGAUGCAGUUAAAAAAAAAUUAUAAUUGAGAGAGAAAAUUAUCCCAAAAAGGCUUUGGAUGCAGAAAUAAAGAAACCGGGAUUAGUAUUUAACCCUGGGUUAACGCUAACUCGAACUACUGUGCCCAGCUGCAAACUUUUUUCUGUGUCGUUCACUGGGUGUAUCUUGUUGGGUUAAUGACUCGUAGUGAAUUCUUCAAGCUCCCACGUGGCUCCAUCAGUAAAUCGCUCGGCUGGAACAUGUUAUUUACAAGAAACUAAGAAAAUUUCAGUUCUAAUUAUAGAGUUUGUUCCCUCAUGUGAACUAGAGGACUACUUGACCAUGGGCGUGUUCGGGAAGUUAAGGGACUAAGAAGAAAUUUCCCCCUCUGUGAUGCCAUUUGCAGCAAAAAACAUUCUCUCUUCUCUCAAAAUACGAGCUGCCCGUAAUUAUCUCGGAACUGAGCGCACGUUUUGGCCAAAAAGAGAUUGGCACAGUUGCACCCUAGCUGUGUCCUACCAGAGAUCUCGAAUGUAAAAAGACACAUCACAUCAGGCUGUUCUCGUUUAAAACGUCUAUGAUACGUUUUCUCUGCAACACGGGACUGUGCGAGAGUAAAUUGCGUUCUCCAUUUUUCCAUGCAAUUUUCUUUCCACCUCAGGACUAUGCGAGAGAGAAAAUCUAUCUAAAAAAACCAGUUUAUUACUGAAUGAAAGUUCACAAAACGUCAGCCUUACCGUAGUUAUUUGACCAAAGAAUUGAAAAACCGAGCUGGUUGAAUUUUAAUCCGAUCGCAGAAGUCGGCGCUAUCAGGUGCCUUUCGCACAAUCUGCUUCUAGUUUACAUAGUAUUUAUUAGCAACUAGAGAAGAAAGGGAGUGCUCUGGUCCAUUUCUGAGUUACGCAACUAAUUUUUGCCUUGUUGGUAACCGCAAAACACAUUUAAAUGGUUAUCUGUGGGAACCAUUCAAGGAAUUUUUGAGUGGACGUUUGCGAAUACUCCAUUCUUUGAUUCACCCCCCUCCCCUCCCCCCCCGUUUUGCUAACUUGCAGAAUUUAUUCUGAAACUACAAAAGAAACUAAAGCGAAAUGAUAUCAUGAAGCACUUGAAAGAAGUCUUCUAUUCUGUGAUGAAAAACAGGUUCUUAACUCUGUCGACGCGAGUGCUUCAUAUCGCGUGACAUAGGUUACGUGUUUGACCAUUCAAGUAAUAAAUUAUGCAUCGUUUCCGGAAAGAUUCCCGGAAUCAAUUGUUCAUGGAAACAUCACUUUCUUCAGCGCUAGUAGAGAAAGAUGUCUUCACCAAAAGAGCUCAAAGAAGCGUCCAAAUUACCCUCCAAUGAAGCUUUUGAAGAAGUAAACAAAUACAUUAAAGGUGUUUACGACAUUCUGAAACAGGAGGCGAAUAAAGUUCACCAAGAAAGGGAAGCGUUUGAAGAGGUGGCAAAGAAACUUGAACAUGUCCACUUCUCGAAGAUGCUGAAACUUAAUGUUGGCGGCCACCUUUUCUCGACAAGUUUGUCGACCAUGAAUAAAGAUCCAGGUAACUUAGCCAUGUUUGUUACAGUUUUAAAAAUAUAUACACUUAAAAUAACUGACUGAUAAGAGCUGUUUAAGGACCUUGAAAUUAAUUCGGACCACUGUUAUGCAUGGCGUCACAGUGUUUCGAAUCACUAUGAGCGUCAACUAUAAUUGCUUUAAGACAGAUCGAAACGAUGAAAUUGAGGUCUCUUUGGUAAAAAGACGUGGUGAUUGGUCGGGGGAAACCGAAAAGCGACGAGGAUGGCGAAGUAUGGUGAAAAUUGAUCCUGAUUGUAAUCGACUGUCGAACUGCGAACGUGCGGACACGAUGCCAGAAGACCCAGACCAUAACAUAAAUCCUUCGCUUAUAGACAUAUGGAAUUUCAUUCUCUAAGGGUUACUCACAUGGAAAUUAAACGUUGCACAUUUUGGCUGGAGCUUAAGAAUGAAGAAAAAAGAACAUAAUUGGGAAAACGUUGUAAAUGCAGAAACAAAUGAAUAUAAAAAGCAAAAUAGUCUUCCAUAGGAUUAACUGAUCCAUUAUCUCAAUAAUUCUGACAUUUUUCGACCUGACUCUAACUUAAUUAACGGCAUUUUGUGUGCUUAUUCAUCCAGGUUCCAUGUUACAUGCCAUGUUUUCUGAAAGAUUUGACACAAAACCUGACGAGGAUGGAACCUACUUCAUUGAUCGAGAUGGAACCCACUUCCGGUACAUCCUGAACUAUCUGCGCACGGGGGAGCUUGUCGUCCCCGAUGAUAAGACUGUUCGUCAUGAACUGCUGAUUGAGGCCAAAUUUUAUCAAGUCGAAGGAAUAAUAAAGGAGCUGACACCAAAACCCGCCUUCGAGGCGUCUGAGAUCCUCUCAGCAGUCCAGGGCAAAACUUUGAUGAAGUGGUUGAAGAAAACCCUUGGUCUUGACAGCGUCAGUGAUGAAUUGUUAUACCGAGCCUCCCGCGAUGGCUGGGCAGCUUCCAACUUUCACUUCUGUUGUGAUAACAAGGGACCAACAGUUACGGUGAUCAAGAGUGGAAAUAAUAUAUUUGGAGGAUAUACUGAACACGCAUGGGAGUCACAUGGUAGGGUCUUAAUUAUAAGUAUUUUUUGAGUGUAAAGGUAAAUUCGACAGAAAUUAACUCAUGAGCUGAAACUUAAACACGGAGAGAAAAAGUUACUCGCACCCUUGAGAGUUUGUUGAAUUUGAAUUGCAUGAACAGCAUAUAAUGUAGAUAUUCAGGCCUCAUUGCGUAAUUUACUUAGCUUCAACCAGCUGCGUUCAUAAAGCUGUGUGCUUGUCCUGAGAUUACCUCAGUAACAGCCUAUACAAAUACAAUAAUAGGAAAAAAUAGAUGCAGUUUUAGGUUGUGUCAUAUUGAAAGUUUCCGUAAUCGAAAAUUCAUAAUAAUCCAUCAAAUAUUUUUGUUCGCGAGCGAUUGGUGUAAACGCAUCAUGUGACCGGAUGUGCUCCAGCUUAAACUGGGGAGUACCUGUGGAUAUACCUAAAGUGAUAUUUCUCGAUUUUCAAACCUUACGUCCACUACGUUUAGUCUUCCUUUAAAAUUCAAGGUGAGAGACGUGUAGCUGUUGUUACAGAAGAAGGGACAAUUAUUUGUUCAUAAAUUCAUACCAGAGAACACGGAAAAGGGAAAAUCUCAAGUAGUAAAGAAGUAACUUCGCAGACUUCAUAAACAUUUUUCCCGUGCGUUGCACACAUAUUUGAAGGAUAUGAAAUAUAGUAGCCUCCAUUUGGAUAUGCUCGUACAUUUGUCCUUUGACUUAAUUUGUUCCUCAAGGAUCACAGGAUUUUCCUCGAGCUUCGCUCUUGGAAAACUGUUUGCAUCUUGGAACAGACAAUGUCCACACACAAAUAUCCGGGCAUAUUUUGGUGCCAAAUGAAAGCGAUUGUUUAUUUAUCCAUAUACGUACUUUUAUUCAAUAGUUUCUGGAUCGUACAAAACAGCACCAAGAUCGUUCCUGUUCAGUCUUGUGAACCCAAGUGGUCUAUCACCAACAAUGAUGUCUUUGAGAGCUGAAUACCAAUCGUACGCUAUCUAUUGCCAUACUAACUAUGGGCCAACAUUUGGAGGAAACCACGAUCUUCAUGUCGCAAAUGCACCAAAUUCUGGCAACUGCUAUGCAAACCUCAGCCACUCUUAUCCGUGCCCUACAGGUCAGAAUGCUCAAACGUUUUUAACAGGAAGUGGGAAUUUUUCUGUUAGUGAAAUGGAAGUGUUUGGUGUUCAGGAGCAAGAGUAAUUGAAGUGGACUAAAAUUAAUAACCAUUAAUAUCAAAUCUCGUUAUUUUUUGUGUGUGUGUUUCUUUUCCCGUUAUAUUUAGUCAGCUAUUGAAAGCUUUGUUGAGUUGUCUUAUUGGCGAGCGAAGUCGUUGUUCUGUCGAUGACAUGGAUGUGUCCGGUUUCCAAAACGUAAGGCGCAUGGUUGCCUUGUUACGAGACUGAAAUUCAGAAUAAUAGUGUCUGUUUGUUAAGGAUCACAUCUCGUUAUUGAUAGUUUAGAUAAGUUGUGUUUCACUGUGGGCUCGUGACAUAUUAUCUGAUUCUAACCUUGCACACCUCGCAAGGCAGAUUCAAGACUGAUAACCGAACAUUUAGAUUAUCAAUUGAAAAGACAAAGCGUAGAAAAAAAACCUUUUUUAAAUGAAAUAAAAGUGAAUAUGAUAAUGGGUACUGUAUCUAUCCUUUUCUUUUGUAGUCAACAAAACUAAACCGUGAAAAACCAAAUCAAGAGUGGUUUACUUUUUUGAAAGCGAAACUGCAGUCAAGCAUUGAAAGGGGAGAAUUCUUAUGAACCUUUAUGUUCCACAGUGUUAUGUAAAGAUUUAUGUUGUGCAUGCCUUCAAAUUAGG